AUUGGAGUAGGGAAUAAUCUUCAAAGAGAUUGUGGUGGUUUUCCACUGUUGAUGCACAAUAGUAAUAGCAGUGAUAGUACUUCAGAAGAAGAAGAAUUUGUUCCAAAGAAAAGGAAACAUGUAAGUUUUUGGGAAGAAUAUACAGAGGAAGUUGUGGACAACAAGUUUGGAAACUCUUCGACAAGGAAUGAAGACAGGUUUGUUGACCUUCCUCGUCCUGUGAACUUUGUCAAGUCAUCAACGGAAGAAAAGAUAGACGAUAAAGCAGUGUCUGACGAAAUACCACAAAGCACUUCAGCUGUAGAGAAGAACAAUGAACAAACAGUAACGGAAGUGAGCGUGAGUGAAGACUCUGAAGCUGGUGAAGAAGAAGAAGAGACAUUUUGGACUGAACCAGGUUUUUUGAAAAGGCAACAAAGGAAUUCUUUCAGCUCUUUACCUAAAAACUUUGGAGUGGUUCGCAAAGUGAAGAGUGAAUAUUUAUUCGCGUCAAACAACAGAAACCGAAACCUCUCUGCCCAUGAAAGCUCGGAUACUUCACAAGGAACUCAUAACCAACUUGGGAGUUGGGAAAAGUAUACCAAAGGUUUUGGCUCGAAGAUGUUACAAAAAAUGGGUUUUACGGGUCGAUUGGGUGCAUAUGAACAAGGACUUUCCAAGCCUUUAGAACCAAAAGUUCGUCCAAAGAACCUUGGUUUGGCAGCCGACGGAUUUCAAGAAAAGACUAGUAGUGUAAGCAACAACUCACUUUCUUCAGCUGUCAAGACAAAGCAAUCAAAAGUUGUAAGCAAUGAAAAAACGGAAAAACUACUCAUGUCAGAUAAGAAACGGUGGAAGAAGAGAGUUUGUGUUGAGAAUCGUGUAUUGGAGACAAAUAGAGAAUCAACUCAUACUUUGGAUGAUGUUAUUAUAGACAUGCGAGGUUCUGAAAAGCGUUCUCUUAAUCACAUUACUGAAGCAUUACCUGCGGUAGAACAAUUACAUGAGACCAAUUCUGAAACAUUUCUUCCAGAAUUACAUUACAAUAUUCGAAUUUUGAAAGACUUGACAAAAAGUGAUCUCGAACAGUCUUCCGAACAACUAAAAGUGGAACAGAGACGAUUGAUAUCAUUACGCAGUGAUUUGAAUACUUUGGAGGGACGCUACGAAGAUUUGAAAGAGAAGAGAACUAUUCUUGAAUCUUUUUUAGGAUUGAUCAAGGAAAUGGACUCAAGUAUUUCUUUACAUGAUUUGAUUUCCAUAGUUCGACAAGCUUUGGAACAAUACCGUGAAGAGUGCUUUAAGACUAGUGACAUUUUGGAUGCCCUAACAGCCUGUGCUCAACGCCACUUGAAUGAAUAUUUAGGUAAGGAACAUUAUUGGAGACCAACGAUACCCGAUAGACAAUGGAUACAAGAUGUCUCUGAUCUUGGAAAUAUGCUUGGUGGAAGAGAUGAGUCUAAGAUGUAUUCGCAAUUAUUAUGGAAUACUGUAGUCCUAAGAAUCAAAAGACAUGUAGCUUCUACCAACUUUAAUGCUCAACAACCACAUGAUUUGGUAUCUUUUAUAGAAAAAUGUUGUAGAGUAUUUCCAGAAGCUUUGAUUGAAAAUGUAGCUGCAGAUAUAGUCUAUCCACGACUUCGACAAGAAGUUGAAGGAGAUUGGGAACUUUCAGAGAAUAUUAUGCCACAUCAUUGGAUAUUCCCUUGGCUCCCUUUGAUAGGAAAACGUAGAGUUUCUCAUCUUUUUGAUUAUAUGUGGAGAAGAAUUGGAAAAUGUAUUAGGAAUUGGCAUCCUUCAAAGAGUUUUGCUAGAGAGGUUGUUGAACCUUGGUUACAAAUAGCUAAGAAGAAUUCAUUAUCUAAAUUAUUUCAUCAUUACGUGAUACCUCGUUUAGAAGCAACUCUCAAAGACGAGUUGACAAUAGACAUACCAGAUAAAGAAAGCCUUGAAAGCACUUCGGAAGCAUUUUCGGUAUUCUAUUGGAUUAUUAGUUGGUACGGAAUACUUGAGAAUGAAGCUUUGGCUGGAAUUCUUCUAAAAAGUUUCUUUCCUGUUUGGUUGGAAACACUUGUGCGAUGGCUAAGUUUACAAGAUGUAGAUUGGGAACGAGUAACUAUUUGGUAUGACCUUUGGAAACAAAAGUUUCCAGUUGAGAUUCAAAGAAUGAAUAACGUUCGAAGAGCUUUUGAUAUUGCUUUAGAUAUAAUGAAUCGUGCCAUGACAGGCGAAGAUACUGAAAACAUGGAUAUUCAUCGACUGUUAUUAGCAACACAAGUUUUUAAGGAAGAAGAAAGUUUAGUAUCUUCGACAUCGAGAAGAAGAAAAGUUUACGAUAUGCCAAUCUCAAGUUUUAAGGACUUGGUUGGUUUCUUUGCAGAAAGAAAUGGAAUAACUCUAUUGCCUUGUAACAAUUCUAAUCGUUUAGAGGAGCCAAUGUAUUUAUUUGGGGAUAUUCCUAUUCGAUUGGAUCAUCAACAGCAAGUGGCCCACUAGAAAGAAAACAAAAAGAAGCAAU